CCUUUGAUUCAUUACUUGCUUACUUGAGAGAAACAACAAACCUCUAUUCACGAAAAUAAAAACAACAAUGUGAAUAAUUUGAUCAAAAUUCUAACCAGAAAAUUUUUCACAAAAAACUGGUGAAAGGAGUUUACGAUUGGGGAAAAAAGAACAGAGUUUUGUUUUGGUUUUCUGAAGAAGAAGAAGAGAAAAGAGCUUUUUCUUUUCUUUCUCUCUUUCUGUUUGUACAAAUUGAGAAAAAAAAGAAGAAGAGAAAGAGAAGAAGCUCUCUCUGGUUUCGUUUUUCUUUUUAAUUAAGAAAAAGAAAAAGAAGAAAGAAAUUUGAUUCAGAGAAGAAGAAGAAUGAUAAGAAUAGGGAUAGCAGUAUUACAAUUAUCAGAACUAUUUGUUAGUUCAAUAGUUCAUUUGUUAUAUGGGUUUUACAUUUUUAGUACAGCUGUAGCUUCAGAUCUUUCUCAAGCUUUGAUUAAUAAACCUAAUCUCAUUGAAAUUCAACCUAAAAUUCACUCUGUAAAUACUACCACUUCUGACGAUGAUGAUGAUGAUAAUGGUGUUGUUGCUGCUGCUGAAGAUGAUGAUAAGAAUAAUGGGUUGUUACCUCCGAUUGUUUUGGUUCAUGGGAUCUUCGGAUUUGGCAAAGGGAGAUUGGGUGGAUUAUCAUAUUUUGCUGGAGCUGAGAAGAAGGAUGAACGUGUUCUUGUGCCUGAUUUAGGUUCAUUAACCAGCAUUUAUGAUAGAGCUCGUGAAUUGUUUUAUUAUUUGAAAGGUGGACAAGUUGAUUAUGGUGAAGAACAUUCCAAAACUUAUGGUCAUUCUCAGUUUGGAAGAGAUUAUGAACAAGGAAAUUACCCUGAAUGGGAUGAAGAUCAUCCAAUUCAUUUUGUUGGGCAUUCCGCUGGUGCGCAAGUGGUUCGUGCAUUGCAGCAAAUGCUAGCUGACAAGGCUUUCAAGGGGUAUGAGGAUACGUCCGAGAACUGGGUGUUGAGCAUAUCGUCUUUGUCUGGCGCGUUUAAUGGGACAACACGAACCUACUUGGAUGGAAUGCAACCUGAUGAUGGGAGAUCGAUGAAGCCUAUAUGUCUCCUACAGCUGUGUCGAUUGGGUGUUAUAAUUUACGACUGGCUUGAUAUACCAUGGCUAAAAGCUUACUACAAUUUUGGGUUUGAUCAUUUCAACAUGUCAUGGAAGAAAUCAGGUCUUACGGGUUUAGUUGAUUUGUUAUUGGGGAACACUGGUCCGUUUGCAUCAGAGGAUUGGAUCCUGCCAGACCUUACUAUUCAAGGAUCAAUGAGGCUCAAUUCUCAUCUACAUACAUUCCCCAAUACAUAUUAUUUCAGCUAUGCUACUAAGAAGACAAGAAACUUAAUGGGUAUUACAUUGCCUUCUAGCAUACUAGGGAUUCAUCCUAUGCUUUUCAUCAGAGUCUUGCAAAUGAGCCAGUGGACACACCCGCCAGAUGCGCCGCUUCCAUAUAAAGGAUACAGGGAUGAAGAUUGGCAGGACAAUGACGGUGCACUCAACACCAUAUCAAUGACUUACCCCAGACUCCCAACCGAGCAUCCCAACAAAUUUGUGGAAAAUGACUCUGAUUGCCAGCCUUUGCAACCCGGAAUCUGGUACCACAAGAUUGUAGAAGGCGAUCACAUUCUUUUCAUUGUGAAUCGGGAGAGAGCAGGUGUACAGUUUGAUCUCAUUUACGACAGCAUUUUUGAGCGCUGCAGAAAGCAUGUACUUAGAACUAGACCAACACUACCCAACCAAAUCCAACACUAAAUUCAUAAAACUCUCUUUGUUCCUGCAGAUAGGAAAACAAAAAAUUGGAUGCCACUAAAUUGGCACAUUUUUACACCCUUUCUUUUCCCCUGCUUGUAAAUGUGAAAACAAAACAAAGUAGUCCAGUUUGAGCUUUGCUGAGAAUUUUUUGAGGCUUAGUUUAUUCGCCUCGCAGCUACACUGAAAAUGUUAAUGAAUACAAAUAUCUUUAGAUUGAUAUGAGUUAACUCUGGCGAAUACUUUCUUUUUGAUA